AUACUAACCGAUAAAAAGAACUAGGAAAUUAACCGGUAAUAAUGAUAAAAUUCUAUUGAUUUCAACUUCAUUCAACACUUAAUUUCUUUCUGAAAUCCAGCAAGACUAUAAGUUCAUCUGCAGUCAAUCGCGUUUCUCUUGUAAGCAACUUUUGCAAGUUUCUCUGCGUGUUUUUGCAUAAUUGUUGACCCUAAUGUCUUCUUCUUCAUCAUCACAACCCCAAUGGAUCUACGACGUCUUCAUCAACUUCAGGGGAGGAGACACUCGCAGAGACUUCGUCUCGCAUCUCUACUGCGCCCUCUCCAACGCCGGCGUCAACACUUUCUUCGACGACGAGAAUCUGCUCAAGGGAACGCCGCUGGAGGAGCUAACGCGAGCGAUCGAAGCCUCUCAGAUUGCGAUCGUCGUUUUCUCCGAAACCUACACCGAAUCCACUUGGUGUCUAACCGAGCUUCAGAAAGUAAUCGAUUGCAACGAAUCCUACGGCCAAAUCGUUGUGCCCAUAUUCCACGGCGUCGAACCGUCCAUUCUACGCAAUCCCAAAGGUCGCUUUCGUGAGGCUUUGGAAGCUGCUGCGAAGAAAAAGUUUUCCGAAGAGCAUAGGGAGUAUGGGUUGUCGAGAUGGAAAAACGUGCUCAAGAAAGCUGCAAAUUUCUCUGGUUGGGAUGUGAAGAAUCACAGGAAUACAGCUAAACUAGUGAAGGACAUUGUUGAUGACAUACUGACAAAACUAGACUACGCACUCUUGUCUAUAACUGAAUUUCCUGUUGGAUUGGAAUCCCGUGUGCAAGAAGUGGUUGGAAUUAUAGAAAAUCAAUCCGCCAAGGUCUGCACCAUAGGAAUUUGGGGAAUGGGUGGAUCGGGCAAAACUACCAUGGCCAAAGCCAUCUACAAUCAAAUUCAUCGUAGAUUCAAUGAUAAGAGUUUCAUUGAAAAUAUUAGGGAAGUUCGUGAAACAGAUGGAAGAGGGCAUGUUCACUUACAAGAAAAACUUCUUUCAGAUGUCCUAAAAACAAAGGUCAAGAUACAUAGUGUUGGGAUGGGAACAACUGUCAUCGAGAACAGACUUUCUAGAAAGAAGGUGUUCAUUGUACUUGACGAUGUGAAUGAUUUUGGCCAAUUAAAAGAUCUAUGUGGAAAUCGUAAAUGGUUUGGUAAGGAAAGUGUAAUAAUCAUUACAACUCGAGAUCUACACCUACUUGACCUACUUAAAGUUGAUUAUGUUUAUAAAAUGGAGGAAAUGGACAAAAAUGAGUCCCUUGAGCUUUUUAGUUGGCAUGCUUUCAGAGAAGCGAAACCAAGAGAAGACUUUGAUGAGCUCGCAAGAAAUGUAGUUGCUUAUUGUGGAGGUCUACCACUAGCUCUUGAAGUCCUUGGUUCUUAUUUAAUAGAGAGGACAAAGAAAGAUUGGGAAAGUGUAUUGUUAAAACUAGAAAAAAUUCCCAAUGAUCAAGUUCAAGAGAAAUUAAGAAUAAGCUUUGAUGGUUUAUGUGAUGACAUGGAAAAGGAUAUAUUUCUUGAUGUAUGUUGUUUCUUUAUUGGUAAAGACAAAGCCUAUGUUAUAGAGAUACUGAAUGGUUGCGGGUUACAUGCUGACAUUGGAAUAACAGUUCUUAUUGAGCGUAGUCUCUUAAAAGUUGAAAAGAACAACAAACUUGGAAUGCAUCAAUUGCUACGGGACAUGGGAAGAGAGAUAAUUUGUGAGAGUUCAAGAAAGGAUCCUGGGAAGCGGAGUCGAUUGUGGUUUCGUGAGGAUGUACUUGACGUAUUGACAAAGAAUACAGGAACUGAAACUAUUGAGGGAUUGGCUCUGAAAUCAGAUUUCAUUGGCAAAGAUUGCUUCAAAGCUUAUGCUUUUGAGGAAAUGAAGAAAUUGAGACUGUUGCAACUUGAUGAUGUACAGCUUACUGGAAAUUAUGGUUAUCUUUCUAAGCAACUUAGGUGGGUUUGUUGGCAAGGAUUUCCUUCAAAAUAUAUACCUAAAUUUUUUUUUCUGGAAGGUGCAGUUGUGAUUGAUUUAAAACACAGUAAUCUUCAACUUUUCUGGAAAGAACCUCAGAUUUUGAGGUGGCUAAAAAUCCUCAAUCUUAGUCACUCCAAGUACUUGACUGUAACUCCUGACUUUUCCAAACUACCAAAUCUUGAAAAGCUUAUUCUCAAAGAUUGCCCACGUUUGUGCAAGGUACACAAGUCCAUAGGAGGUCUCCGCAAUCUUCUACUGAUAAACUUAGAAGACUGUAAAAGUCUUGGCAAUCUGCCAAGGGGAGUUUAUAAGUUGAAAUCUGUAAAAACUCUCAUCCUUUCAGGUUGUUUGAAGAUUGACAGAUUAGAAGAUGAUAUAGUGCAGAUGGAAUCCUUGACAACACUAAUUGCUGAAAAUACUGCUAUGAAACAAGUGCCCUUUUCAAUAGUAAAGUCAAAAAGCAUUGUUUAUAUAUCGCUAUGUGGAUUUGAAGGAUUUUCGCGUAAUGUUUUCCCUUCUAUCAUUCGUUCUUGGAUGUCGCCAACAAUGAAUCCCCUAUCUUAUGUUCAUCCAUUUUGUAGCACAUCGUCAAAUCUAGUUUCCAUGGAUAUGCAAAGUUAUAGUUUGGGUGAUCUUGAACAAAUGCUUAGCAGCCUCUCAAAUCUACGAAGUGUUUUGGUUCAAUGUGACACAGAGUCUCAAGUUUCUAUGCAAGUAAGGUCACUUUUGGGCAACAGUGUAAAUUUUACACAGGUCGAAAUAUCAUCUCAAAUAUCAAAUCAUUACUUUAGGUCUUAUUUGAUUGGAAUUGGAAGUUAUCAAGAAGUCUUCAAUAAUCUAAGCGCUAGCAUAUCUGAGGGAUUGGCAACCAGCGAGUCUUGUGAUGCUUUUCUCCCAGGUGACAAUGAUCCUUUUUGGUUGGCCCAUAUGGGUGAGGGAAAUUCAGUGUAUUUCACUGUGCCAGAGGAUUGUCGCAUGAAAGGAAUGGCUUUGUGUGUAGUUUAUUUAUCAGCCCCUGAAAUCACAGCAACUGAAUAUCUUAUUAGUGUUUUAAUGGUUAAUUACACAAGGUACACUAUCCAGUUAUUCAAGCGAGAGACGGUAUUUUCCUUUAAUGAUCUAGAUUGGCAGGGCAUAAUAUCACAUUCAGGCCCUGGAGACAAGGUGGAGAUUUUUGUGAAUUUUGGCCAUGGAUUGGAGGUCAAGAAGACAGUUAUCUAUCUAAUGUGUGAUGAAUCAAUUGAUAAGGAAGUCAAACCUUCUCCUGAGCCAAAGAAGGAACCAAAGAAAAACGUCUUUGAAAGAUUUAUAAAGAAAAUUUUAAUAUAAGAUUUCAGAAGGGUAGAGGCUUCAGCCAAUUUUGCCCGGACAGCCAAAGUCAGUCUGGGAUACCUAUUCCUAUUCAUGGGGAGAGGAGGGAUAUCUAUGUUACAAACAUUCCUCAAUCUUUCUUACCCGUUGUGCUAGCCUCAUGGUUUCUCAAGGCUUUCUCUCGCUCAGCUCUGAAACAGAAUGAUGUUGUCACUGCUGUGGAGAAAAUGGCAAUAUUCUCUCAAGCUUAAGUUAUUUACAUAUGUUGGUUGGAAUGUAAGCUCUGAUUUGGCUUAGAGGCAUUUUCAAAUUUUAAGGAAUACAACAUUAUCCAACAAUAAGUGAUGCAGGUGAAGCUUGAUAAGUUAAGAGUUUUGCUGCUUAGGAAAUCUCGUUAGAAGCAUUGCCGGCGGUUUAUCCAUAUGCCUUCCUCUACAUAGAGAUACCCUGCCCGUGUCUGCAUACAUUACCAAUUCACAAGACAACUUCCUCAGAAUCCGAUUCUUCAAUUUUUCAACUUCACAUAGGAGAAAUGGCUACAAUACCCAACGAACAUGCUUUUCUAUCCUAGACUUGCACAAUAGUAUCCUGUUGUAUCAAGCUUAUGAUAAUCUCAAGUAUCAAGGGGGUUCCAAUCUAAAUUUAAGCUCCAUUUGGAUAUUAUGAGAUGGUUCUAUUUGUACUUCAGGAGAUGAUUGCGCACUCCCUUCUCCUGAUGGAUGUGUGCUCUGUUCAGGUCCUAGAUUUGAUAUUAUGCCUACCCAAUCUUCAUCACUAAAAGACAUUGUUGCUGUUUGCUUGUAUAUCUGAAUGGUGUUCUUUGUGUAAUUAAAGAUGAAUACACUAGCAAGACUUUCAGUUGCCAUGUUAUCGGGGGUUGAUGAACAAACAACACACAAAAUCAUCCCCUUCAUUGGGCAAUCACUAUCAUCAGGCACUUGAAAAGGUAUUGAAUAAUCUUCCCCUGUAUAGGUUAACCAAUAAGGAUACUUGUCUCCUGGAAGGAGAAAAUCACUGGAACUAUGGGUUUUCAGGACCUGUAUCAUGAACUAAAUCUUAGUCAUUUACGUAUUUAUAUGCUAUUCAAUUCAAGUGGAUAUUUUGUGCCACUAUAGUGUCUGUUCAGGAACAAAAGUGUACAGCAUAAAAAUUAGAUAAGGUAAACGGAUUGAAAUGAAUUCAGUCAA